UCAGUUUUUGAAGUUAGUUGUCAUCGGUCGCUGGAUUGUAGCUGGAUUUCUGUCGCUAAAGCGCAUUGUAUUGCCAUUAGAGCUUCAUUCCGCUCAAAAAUUGACUAGGAGCGCUUUUUAUUUGGUGGUUGCGCUUCUAAAUCGGCGAAUUGAUGUCCAAACGGCCAGCUGCGGAUGUCGCCUGUUUACUAAACGUGCUCUAGGCGCUAAAGUUUUUGUAUGAGUUGAAGGCUUUGCUUGCGGAUAACGGGAGGGAGAGACGGGAAGGCCCGGUGAAGCCUCGGCUUUGGAGUGGUUAUCAUGGCCGGAAAUUUUGACGCGGAGGACCGUGGCAGCUGGUACUGGGGUCGGUUGACCAGGCAGGAGGCUGUGUCUCUUUUGCAGGGGCAGAGGCACGGCGUGUUUCUGGUCCGGGACUCCAUCACCAGCCCCGGAGACUACGUGCUCUCGGUAUCAGAGAACUCCAAAGUCUCGCAUUACAUAAUUAACAGCAUCUGCAACAACCGACAAUCCGGUCCAGGUUUGGCCCAUCCGAGGUUCCGAAUCGGUGACCAGGAGUUCGAAGCUCUCCCCGCUUUGCUAGAAUUCUAUAAAAUUCACUACUUGGACACCACCACCUUAAUAGAGCCCAUCAACAAGUCCAAACACACUUCCUUCAUCAGCGUUGGACCUGGGGGGCCCCCGCCGCGCCUGGAAGACGAGUAUGUCCGAGCACUUUUUGAUUUCCCUGGCAAUGACGAGGAGGAUCUCCCAUUUAGGAAGGGCGAUAUUCUCCGAGUUCUGGAGAAGCCAGAGGAGCAGUGGUGGAACGCCCAGAACUCUGAAGGCCGGGCGGGGAUGAUCCCAGUGCCAUAUGUGGAGAAGUACCGGCCGGCGUCUCCAAAUUCGGCGGCGGGGCCCGGUGUACCUGGUGGACCGCCAGGAGGAAUGGGGAUGCUAGGGAACUCUGACGGCUCUGCAGCCCCGUCUGGCCCUCCGCUGCUGGGAGAUCCCAGUCAGUACGCCCAGCCCACACCCCUCCCGAAUCUCCAGAACGGACCUGUGUAUGCCAGGGCCAUACAGAAGAGGGUGCCCAAUGCCUACGACAAGACCGCUCUGGCAUUAGAG